GUGGCUGAAGGAAUAAGCCAACACACAACACACACACACGUUCACAGUGAGGUUCAUGCUGUCGGGACAAUCUCUCCGUCUGAUCACAGAAGAUGUCUCACUCCUCAAGGUGGACAAUGAAAUUAAAACCAAGGUUGAUGCUUUCCAGGGAACGAUCACUUCAGAAGCUGAGGACCUAGUUGCGAAUUUUUUCCCAAAGAAGUUACUGGAACUCGAUCACUUCCUUAAGGAUCCUAUUAUAAACAUCACUGAACUGAAGGAGAUCCACUCUGAGAUAAACCUGACGGUGCCGGACCCCAUCCUGCUCUCAAACCUGCAUGACGGUCUAGAAGCGCAAAAUGCCAAAAAGAGAAAGCUGGAGGACGGAGGAGGGGAGGACAUGGUGACCGGCACCAAGGUGUUUGUGAUGCCUGGCGGGAUGAUGAAGAGCAACGGUAACCUCGUUGAUCUCAUUGAAAAGGUCAAACCAGAGAUCAGGACGCUCAUAGAGAAAUGUAACACAGUCAAAAUGUGGGUCCAGCUGCUUAUCCCCAGGAUAGAGGACGGCAACAACUUCGGGGUGUCCAUCCAAGAGGAGACGGUAGCUGAACUGAGAACAGUUGAAGGAGAGGCAGCAUCUUACCUCGACCAGAUAUCGAGAUACUACAUCACGAGGGCAAAGCUGGUUUCUAAAAUAGCAAAAUAUCCACAUGUGGAGGAUUAUCGCCGCACAGUAACGGAGAUUGAUGAGAAGGAAUACAUCAGUCUGAAGAUCAUAGUCUCGGAGCUCCGAAAUCAAUACGUAACGUUACACGACAUGAUCCUGAAGAACAUUGAGAAGAUCAAGAGGCCUCGAAGCAGUAAUGCUGACGCGUUGUACUGAUGUUCAUCCAACCAUCUCCGCCUCCACCGCCCAUCUCCACCCCUACCCCCUCCCGUCUACCCGCCAUGCCUGUUUGAGCUACAGUAGCCUGGCCCCCGGUCCAUCCCGGACUCCGUCUUAGACAUUCACCUCCUUCGGUACAAUCAGCCCAGUUCAGAAACAUAGCUUCCAUAGAUGGACACGACGCACAUGUUUUUGUUCAAUUGUAAAAUAUUUUUCUUGUUUUAAACCCUUUGAAGACAAAUGUUCUCUCAGAAAACGGAGAGAUAGAUCAUAGACAACAAAAAGCGCUAUGUAUUUUUUAAUUUUAAUUAAACAUUUCGUCCUCUGA